UCAACCAAGACAGGAAAGGAGUUGGCUAACGGUAUAAAAGAUGCAGGUGGAAAGACAGCAACAAAUACAUUUAUGUGAGAUAAACGGGAGCACAGUGAAAGAGAACUGAAAUACUUUAACCAAGGAACUACAGAGCAAUUGCUGUUCAGCUGCUAUUCUGAUUUCUUGUUACAACUAUCAAGCUACUGUAGAAGUUUUUAUUCGGUGACAGAAUGGCAUCAACAGGACUACAGAUUCUUGGUGUGUCGCUGGCAGUGAUUGGCUGGAUCGGAUCAAUUGUGUGCUGUGUAUUACCCAUAUGGAAGGUCAAUGCCCACACUGAAGGAAGCAUAGUAACAGCUCAGAACACCUGGGAUGGUCUGUGGAUGAGUUGUGUGGUGCAGAGCACAGGACAGAUGCAAUGCAAGAUUAAUGAUUCAGUGUUGGCAACGCCAAAAGAUAUCCAAGUCGCAAGAGCCUUGUUAAUCAUUGUCAUCAUAUUAGGGAUCUUGGGAAUCCUUACUGCUCUUGUUGGUGGAAAAUGCACAAACUGUUUACAGGAUGCAGAUGUCAAGGCCAAGAUUUGUAUAGCAUCAGGGAUCAUCUUUCUUAUCUCUGGUAUACUUCUGCUUAUCCCAGUUUCCUGGACUGCCAGUAACAUUGUCAGUGAUUUCCAUGACGCACAGGUAUCCAAAUCCAAUAAGAAAGAACUGGGAGCUUCUCUGUACAUUGGUUGGACUGGUGCAGUUCUGCUUCUGAUUGGUGGGGCACUGCUGUGUUGUAACUGCCCAAAGAACAAAGUUGGUUUCUCAGCAAGAUACAAUGCCAACAAUCAGCCUGAACCAAAAUGUGUAUAACCUGACUCCUGCCACUGACACCAGUAAAAAGAAGAACUGGGGACAUUUUUCACUUCAACAAUCCUUUGAACAUCUGAGAAGUAAUGACUUUGAUUCCUUAUUUUGCAGCAGUAUUAGACCUGGUAAAAGUUAUUCAUCAUGUUUUGAAACUGUAAAUUAUACUCAGGAUUAAACAUUCUAGUGUCAUUUUUGGAAAAGGAUGUAAUAUUAUUCAUCUGGUAGGCAGUUUAAAGUCAGCUGCUGAAUUCUGAUCUGGCACUGUCUUAAAUUUUCCUUUCUAGCUGGAUACAUAGAAUGUGAUCUCAUGCACAUAUCUGCCAACAACGUUGCAUCUAUCUAGCUAUUAAACACCACCACAGAAGGCCCUCUUUUUAAGCAAGACGCUACACUUUAUUAGGGUUGUGCUAAUUUUAUAAACUUUAUUUCAUAUGGGAAAAACACUUCCUACCUCUCUUCUUGUGUUUAAAAUAAAAGAAGGGGCAUUGGGUUCAGAAUAAUGAUUCUAAAGACUGUAAACAAAGAAAGAUUGAGUGCAAUUGGUAUUAAGAACAUGGCAGACCAGAAGUUAAUGAUGUUUUCUCCUCACUCCUUGGGGUGCAAAGGCCCUGACAUGUUAGUGUCCUCACUCCUUGGGGUGCAAAGGCCCUGACAUGUUAGUGUCCUCACUCCUUGGGGUGCAAACGCCCUGACAUGUUAGUGCUUCAUAAUUGUUUGUGUGUUUAGUUUGAUACAUGGUAAAAAGAAAGUAUUCUGGGUCCAUGAACCUUAAAAUACUAGAGAUGGUGGGCUGAAGGUAUUUGAGCGUGGGGAGGGGUCGCAUUUCAUCCUCCUUUCUUGUAAUGCGCCAAAAGGUUUACAACCUAAGUGAACAGUACUGAAAUGUUCUGAAUUAUUUUGACCUCCCCAGUUUUGGUAUCCAUAUACGCUUUAGAUGAUCUGCUCUGUUCCUUUUCCAUUCUGAAUCAUAUGCUGGAAGAAGGCUUGUACUGCUUAAAUUAGAUGGGUACCAACCUUGUACCUGAACUACACUAAAUUAUCAUGCCAGUUCAAAUCAAUGAACCCUACUGCCUGCAACUAUUGUGAUCAUCUUCUUACCCGUAAAGACCGGUAAAGCAAACCUCUAUAAUUGUUGGUCAAGAAAUCAGUAAAUAAAUGUACAUAUUGCAAUUUGCAGGACUUUCAGAACUGUUAACAUGCAGAUAUAUGUGCUUGUUAUGUAUACUUAAAUAUUCUGUUAUGCACAGAAUUCAAACAACUGUGAAGAGAGACUGCACUGGUGUUAUUUAAAAAGUUUUUAAAAUGUUUCUUUGUGUUUGCACAUUUCCACAUUCAUUCAUAGACUCACUCAAAAACUGUUUAAUGUAAUAUGCUUUUUCUGAUGCAAAUAUCUGUUAAAGUGAUAUACCUAAUAAUUAUUAUAACUUUUAAUGAUUUGCACUUAAUCAUACAUGUAAAGUCAAAUACCAGAUUAUGGUUUUCAUUUUGUACAAUAUUCAUAAACUAAAUAAAAACUAUUUAUUUAAACAAC